AUGGCUCUCCAAAUCCCAGCCUUUCUCCUCCAAGUGCAUUCUGUCCGAUCCCACCUCUACAAACUUGCUGUUGCAGCAGACUCGAGCUUGCAAUACCAGCCGGAUCCUAUCCUCCACGCAGCAUCUUAUAUUCCGGAGGAGAAAGUACCUGCUCCUACAACACCUGCUAUGCCGCUGCCAACUAUUAGCUCACCAAUAUGCACCAAACAACCUCUGGGAAAUUUAUUGCAAUCCCUCCAUGUAAGGUCUGUAUCUGCUGGUCAUCAAGAUGACGUGUCAGCCUCCGGCCUUUUUGCACCACCCUGCGGACCCAAUACUAGUCCCAAUGAAUACACUCAAAGUGAACCCACCAACCAUGCUAAUGAGGCUGACCAUGACAAGGAGAUGAAGAUGGGGGAGGAGAUAGAUAUGGAGGAGGAUAUGGACGCCAACAAGGUGAUACAGAAGGAGGUGGAUAUGGAAGAGGAUAUGGACGCUGAUGAUGAAAAUGAUGGGAACAACCAAGUGGCGGAGGAUAGUCCCUCAAGAGAAAACAAUCUGGUGAAGGAGUCUACCCCAACAACUUCAAAAAAGCAGUUGAGGGGUUUGGUGUAG